UUUAUUUGUGCACUUAUUCAAGUCAGACGGGAACAUGCGACACUACGAAAACAGCGUGGCCUUCCUGGGAACGUGGGGUCGCUUCCAACUGAUGGUUUUCUUCCUGCUCUGCUCCACUAACUUGCCCAACGGAACGGGAUCCUUCUCGCUGGUGUUCGUCACCGACACGCCACGGCACCGAUGCCGAAUUCCCGAGACCAACCUCAGUCAGGAGUGGCAGCAGGCUGCGGUCCCUUUGGAGGUGGUGGAUGGGGAGCUGCUUCCAAGUCGCUGCCGCCGCUACCGGCUGGACUUACUACGCAAGUUUUCAUCUGAAGGGCUCCUGCCCCUCCGCGAUGUAAACCUGAGCACCGUGGAGCAGGAAGACUGCUUCGAUGGAUGGGUCUACAGCACUGAAGUUUACGAGUCCACAGUGGUUUCCCAGUUCGACUUGGUGUGUGACCAACAUUGGAAGCAGCCCUUGACCGCCACCAUUUUCUUCCUUGGAGUCCUGGUGGGGUCUUUCUUCUCUGGAUUGCUCUCUGACAGGUUUGGCCGUAAGCCUGUGCUGUUCGCCACCAUUAUCAUUCAGGCCACGUUCACGCUGCUGCAGAUUGUGGCGCCUUCCUGGCAAAUAUUCUGCUUUUUUCUCUUCUGCAACGGUCUUGGCAAUAUCUCCAUGUACAUGUCCUGCUAUGUGCUGGGCACAGAAAUCCUCACAGGUAGCGCUCGGGUGGUUUACACGUCGACAGGCGUGUGUCUGGGCUUCGCCUUGGGCUAUAUGACCCUGCCGCUCUUUGCUUACUACCUUCGGAGCUGGAAGACUCUGUUGUUAGCCAUUGGGCUGCCUGGCCUCUUCUUUGUCCCCUUGUGGUGGAUCCUCCCAGAGUCCCCCAUGUGGCUGCUGUCUCAGGGCCGAGUGGCGGAGGCCGAGGUCAUCGUGAAAAAAGCCGCACAUAUGAACCGGGUGGCGGUGCCGGAAAAGAUCUUUGGAGAUUCCAAUUUGAAUGUAAAUGAUGAGAGGCCAGUAGAGCACUACACUGUUUUGGACCUGUUAAGGAAAAGAGGCACCGCCCUGACGACCGUGCUCUUGUGCUGGGACUGGUUCACGCUCACCGUCUGUUACUUCGGCCUGUCGCUGAAUACCUCACAGCUCCAUUCGGACCCGUACAUUAGCUGCUUCCUGUCUGCUGUCGUGGAGGUGCCGGCGUAUUUUAGCUGCAGCCUGGCCAUCCGAUAUGCACCGCGACGCCUCGCCGUUGGGGCAGUCUUCCUCACUGUUGGCUUGGCGCUCUUCUUCAUUCAGCUCGUGCCUCAGAGUAUGCUGGGUCUUGCUGUGGCCUUGGAAAUGCUGGGUAAGUUCAGCACCACGUGCGGAUCGUCGCUGUUGUACGCCUACACAGCUGAGCUGUACCCAACGGGCUUGAGGAACACAGGGUCUGGGGUCUGCCUCACAGUGUCACGAACGGGAAGCUGCAUUGCGCCCUUUAUCAUACGGCUCAGUAAGAACUUUUUGGGGCAAGGGUUUGAGGAUCCAAACGUCGAGUUUGAUUUUGUAUAUUAUAACAUUUGCCCCCACGUAGACAUCUACUUCAAGUAUCUGCCGUAUAUCACUAUGGGCACUCUGGCCAUAUGCUCCGUCCUGACCACACUCUUCUUGCCAGAGAGCUUUCGGCGACCACUUCCUGAGACCCUUCAACAGAUCCCUAAGAGGAAAUGGUGGGCUUUUACGGUUGUGAUCGAAUGUCUGCAUAUUUACUAGUGUUGCACCAAUACCGGUUCUAGUCUCGGAAGGGGCGCUGAUAUGACGCUAAAAUAUCGAUUGGCGAGUACCUAGAGUUAUGUACUCUGAGAAUUUUGUUUGCAAACAACAGUUGUCACGAUAGCCGCCAGUUACGCUGCUGUAAAAGAAUCAGUGCCAGGCCCGGAUCUAGGUUUACCCACCAGAGUGGGCACUAAGAAAUCUUGAGGGGGCACCCCUAAUGCAGGCUUUUUUUUAACCUUUGCAUUACUCUGGGCUUGGGACCGGCGCAAGUCGGACACUGGCUUGUGUCCCGUUGAGGUUGCAUUAAUUUUUUAAAAUUUUUUAUUUUUUUUAUUCAUCUAUCUGCUUAUUCUCGCAGUCGGCUUGAUGUCACGAUGACGUCAUCUCGCAUAGCAACGUCUCGCCAUUUUGAGAUGGGGGCACGCACAGGUAAACAUCUGUAUACAAACGUCUGAAAUUCAUAUAUUUCAGCUGUGUUUUGCGUCUUUUUUUCAUAAAAACGUCUUAAACAUGACGCGAGGAGGCGAUACAAUUUAAAAUUACCGUGUAUUGGCCUGCAAAUCUGCCCAUACAAAGGCGCAGCUGAUAGCUGGAUAAACAAUCCAAAGGAAUUGCCUGCAGUGGAGUUCGGAAACAUCUACAACUACCUCAUAAAGUCACCCAGUAUGUUGACCUUUAUCAGUUCUGUGGAAUAUAUACUGUGUGGAACUAAGAAAACUGGUAGUAUAUACAGAGUGAUUAUCUCUGCCGUGACCGGUAAUUCGCCUCCAAGUGUUAUUUAGCCGUGAACACGUCACGGCAAAAUAACCAAUUCCCACCAGGCCAAUGAUAUACCGAUUUACCGAUCAGAGCAGUUCACGGCAAAAGAAAAACGAUUUGCGAGUUGUCGGUUACGGUAAUAAUAACCACUGCCUAGUCUAUUGAAUCCUAACAGCUAAUUGGGGCCCAAAAAAAAAAUCGAUUAAAGUUUACUCACCAGUAAUAAAAUGUUGGCUGCAAACGUAAAUGUACCUGGAUUUAGGUUCCCAUUGGUGAGAAUGGUCCACGGAACCGUCUUCUUUUACUGUUCCUCAAUUGAUUGCUUUCAGCCAUUUGCUUGUCCUUUUCAAUGAUUUGCAAAAUAAAAGUUAACAAAAACAGCAGUCACUUCAACCUCCAUCUCCUAAUUUCUCCCCCACAUUUCCUAAAUGCAAAACCUAAAUUUUAACUGUCAGAACACAAGAUGUACAUUAAAAUUGAAGCUAAUGUAAACAUUUAAACACGUCAAAUGUUCUACCAGAACAAUCUAUACGUAAAUUUAGUCAAUCAAAUCAGCCCAAUCUAUAUAAUAAAGUCCACUAGCUUACAUGCUACGAAUGCUAACGUAUUCUCACAUGGCAAAAAAUUGGUAUCGGUGCAAUACUAGCAUAUACCUAUGUGCUAUCUAUCCACUCAAAUUCUGCACAUUUUCCGUACAAUUGGCCACAAACAUUCUAGUUGCAGUUCACCUUAGAAUACCUUGCUUUCCUCUUCAAUUCUAAUGUUUAUUUCCCUCCCUCCAGCGUGACCUGCCCACAUUCUAUUAGAUGAUAAAGCUAUGAAUCUGCAAGUGUCGCCUGAAGGAGGUUUUCAAUGAUUUUUUGGCGAUUUUACUUUGUGCAAUUACAUGAAGGAAUUUUGUAAUGAUAACUUGUUCAUUGAUGUGCAUGUGUUCUAAGCUGAAUGAUGAACUUUUGUUUCUGUUUUGGAAUUAAAUCUUAAUUCUUUCAGAGCCACUGACGAUGAUAGACGUCCAAUCAUCCUUUUGUGAUUUUAAAUGAGUUUGCUACUAGUACAGAAGGGGCACGGGGUAGGCUGGCAGCAGAUGUACAAACGCCCCCCAGUUCAAAUCGAUUGGAUGUCUAGCGCCAUCUAUGGCAGCUGAUGAGUUAAAACAAAACCAGCUUCUGGACCAAAUAGGGAAGUUUUUAACUCCUGGUGUACCAAAUUAGACCUUGAAGUGUUGACAAGAAAAACUUAAGGCGAUAAAGUGGCAAAAUAUUGAAAACUGUAACGUGUCUGUUAUUUAUUUAUUUAUUUUUUACCUACAGUGGGGCAAAUAAGUAUUUAGUCAACCACUAAAUGUGCAAGUUUUCCCACUUGAAAUUAUUAGAGAGGCCUGUAAUUGUCAACAUGGUUAAACCUCAACCAUGAGAGACAGACUGAGAAAAAAACAACGACUGUAAAUCACAAUGUUUGAUUUUUAAAUAAUUUUUUUGCAAAUCAUGGUGGAAAAUAAGUAUUUGGUCAAUACCAAAAGUUCAUCUCAAUACUUUGUUAUGUACCCUUUGUUGGCAAUAACGGAGGCCAAACGUUUUCUGUAACUCUUCACAAGCUUUUCACACACUGUUGCUGGUAUUUUGGCCCAUUCCUCCAUGCAGAUCUCCUCUAGAGCAGUGAUGUUUUAGGGCUGUCGUUGGGCAACACGGACUUUCAACUCCCUCCCCAGAUUUUCUAUGGGGUUGAGACCUGGAGACUGGCUAGGCCACUCCAGCACCUUGAAAUGCUUCUUACGAAGCCACUCCUUUGUUGCCCUUGCUGUGUAUUUGGGAUCAUUGUCAUGCUGAAAGACCCAGCCACGUCUCAUCUUCAAUGCCCUUGCUGAUGGAAGGAGAUUUUCACUCAAAAUCUCUCAAUACAUGGCCCCAUUCAUUUUUUCCUUUACACAGAUCUGUCGUCCUUGUCCCUUUGCAGAAAAACAGCCCCAAAGCAUGAUGUUUCCACCCCCAUGCUUCACAGUGGGUAUGGUGUUCUUCGGAUGCAAUUCAGUAUUCUUUCUCCUACAAACACGAGAACCUGUGUUUCUAAAAAAAAAAAAAGCUCUAUUUUGGUUUCAUCUGACCAUAACACAUUCUCCCAGUCCUCUUCUGGAUCAUCCAAAUGCUCUCUCGCGAACCGCAGACAGGCCUGGGCGUGCACUGGCUUCAGCAAACGGACACGUCUGGCAGUGCAGGAUUUGAGUCCCUGGCGGCGCAUUGUGAAAUGUUAGAUGAUAAAUAAUUGAUCCAAACAAAGAAAAUUUUUUGAAAAAAAGUUAAAAAGGGUAAAUAUAUGAAAAAGAAAACCUCGACCACUCCUUGACGUCUGCAAUUUCUGCAUCGCGACCUUUGUUAUAUGACCAUGUUUCCCUCAUAAAAUCCCCAAAAAAUUCAGCUGUGGCCAUUCACAGCUGUGUCUUGACACUCUGUGAUACAUGCGACAUGGAGUUUUUGGUUCGAAACAAGGUAAGUACGCGAUAAUAUCUUGUUAAAGUCAUGGCGUAGGUAAUUCUGCUUUCGCGUGCUCUCACCUCCAGAUAGGGUUUUGCUGUUUAAAAACUUUUCUUUUUUAAAAAAAUGCCCUCCUUUUCAAAAUAUUUCCUCCCCCAGAAAAUUGAGAUUUUAAGCUUUCCAAUGAUGUAUCACACAUGCAUAUCGGACAAUUUUGAAAGUUGGCCA